GGGGCGGGGCACGCUAAGGGGCGGGGCAGGGAGGGUCUGGCCUGCGGGAGGAGGCCGACCUAGACCUGGCGUGGGAGUUCCCGCUGGGUUUCCCGGGGCUGUUGCGACCCUCGGCUGCUGAGGCGCAGCGGCCCGGCUCGCACCCGCGACCCUUGGGGCGUCCGGCCCUCUGGGGCACGUCUCUGGCUGCCAUGGCCGCCGCCGGCUUCCGGGCCUUCGGAGCAAAGGGGCCCGCCUGGCUCGGGCGAAGCGCGUGGGCCCAGCUCUCCGCCGGCUUCUGCAGCAGGGGUCCCGCCGGGGCCGCGCGGCCGGAGCUCCCGCCGCGACCCACCCGCGCGCGGCAGCAGGACGGCAUCAGGAACAUUGUCUUGAGUGAUCCGAAGAAGAGGAACGCGCUGUCCUUAGCCAUGCUGAAAUCUCUGCAGAGUGACCUUCUUCACGAAGCCGAGAGCAAAGACCUAAGAGUCAUCAUCAUUUCAGCUGAGGGGCCCGUGUUUUCUUCUGGGCAUGAUUUAAAGGAACUGACGGAUGAGCGAAGCCCAGAUUAUCAUGCUGAGGUGUUUCAGACCUGUUCUGAGGUCAUGCUGCUGAUCCAGAAGCUUCCGGUCCCCGUCAUUGCCAUGGUGAACGGCUUGGCCACCGCGGCCGGCUGCCAGCUCGUUGCCAGCUGUGACAUUGCCGUGGCGAGCGACAAGUCCUCUUUCGCCACCCCUGGGGUGAACAUCGGGCUCUUCUGCUCCACCCCUGGGGUGGCCCUGGGGAGAGCAGUGCCGAGGAAGAAAGUACUGAAAAGAGCUGAUUCCCUGAGUUAUAUCACAUUUGCAAUGGUUACAUUUGAGGAGAAAGACGAGCCCGUGCUUGGCAUAUUGGAUCUGCCCUGGAAGGAGUCACAUUACAUGAGGUGGUUGGUCGUUGCUGACCACGGUGAAGUCCACGUUCUUCGUUAAGCUCAUUCUUCCUAUCACAUCAUAAAAUAAGAUUUACUAAGGAGCUCUUAAGUGUAAACCAGGGGUUUCCCUAUUCUAGAAAAAAAUACAUCCUCAUUCUCAACUAGAAAUGUGUUUCCAGAAAGGGAGAGGUUGGCGAAGUUGUAGAACGUAGGGAACCUAAAAUGCUUUCUAGAAUAUAUUAUCCAUUUUAACGUCAACUACAAAAAUUAGCAGUUGCCCAUAUGCCUGAGGCACAGAAGAGAUGAGACCCCAGGGAAAUCAAGCGGCAGGAACAAGAAGUUUAGGGAUGCGUUCCUUUCCUUUAUGGUGCCUCAUUAGUUUUUACAGAAACGUGUAUUUGUGAGAAAGGUCUGAAGGCAGAGUGUGCGAGCACACACCCUCAGGAACAGCGGCUGAAAGUGGGCAAAGGUGAGCUAUCAGACAUAACAGCUUGCCAAAAGGUUUGCAGACUAAGCGGGUUUCGUCCUGUCAGGAGACAAGUUCACUUUAAAUGCAUGUACAGUAAUUCAGCAAAUACUUCUUAAGUCUCUCCUCUGUGCCAAGUACAUGAAAUCGAAGUGCAUCUCAAGUAGAUUGUCGGAGCUUGUUGACACACUGCCAUACAAUUGUGCAGAUCAAGUCACGAGGCCUGUCGCGUCAUCAGCAGGUGGACGGGUUGCCCCAUCAGCAGGUGUUCAUCUUCCUUAACACCUGAUGUUCUGGAAGGGUCCACAGUGAGGCACCCAAACCUUUGUAUCAGCCCUGCUGUUAGGAUACGAACCCAUUCUUUCUUAACACAAACAAACUUUUCCCAUCGAGGCUUACAAUGGAGUCCUACAAACGUAAACAUUGUUAUCACAUUCGUCAAAUGUUAAAAGAGUUUUUGAGAAGAGAAAAAAACCACAUGUGACACACACAGGCCUUAAGUUUCCAGGAAGCCCGGUGCUCAGAACCACCCUGCAUAACUACUUGGCGUGACAGAUGAAGGGGCAGGACAUGGCAAGAACAAAAGUAGCUCCGACUUCCCCUGGGUAGUUUUGGCAAGGGCCAGGCCUGCUGAGAAGAUGUGGGCAGAGUCUCCAGUAUCGUCCCCACUCAGCUCCUUGAUCUGUGCUCCUUGUGAUCUGACCCCGGGGUUUUUUCCCAGUUAGUAGUCUGAAAGUGGUUCAGAGCUAUCUGUAGAUAUCUUUGCCUGUUGGGUUCAUUACUCCACAGAGGCGUGAGGGGGAUACACAGUUUGGGGUCAACACUCAUGAUCUGAAAUCACAAUACUGAUAAAGGGAACUCAGUGGGAAGAAGUCUGUCAGAACCUAGGGCCUUUGCCAGGUUGCUGGAUCUUCAGAUCUCGCCUGUGCCGCCCUCUGGAGGAGGCAAGUAGGAAUUCAUAAAAAUAUAAACCUAAACAGAAACACCCCUUCCUGCAGUCAUUGCUUGAUUGCCCCCCUAUGAACACAUCCAUACACAGGCCCAUGGGCUUCGGUGGGUGGGGGGCACACGUUUCCUCUGCGUGUAGCCACAGGGAAGCAAGGAAGUGCUUUUGCAAACUUGCCGGGCUUGGGAGCUCUACCCUUUCUGCCCCAGCUAGAGCCAUGGGUGUGGGUCACCAGUGCCCUCUGCUGGUCACCGUGGGAAAUGGCUCAGCAGUGCAGGAGUUGGAGAGUGGAGGUUUCUCCGCGGGGAGCAGAAGUGAUGGAGUGCAGCCCUUGUGUUCAAGCCAGACUGAGCCCGGGCAUGAAUAAUUUUCCACAUUUGUAAACCGUCUCUCUCCUCUGGCAUGAGUUAAAUAAUGCAUCUUCAUUGCACCUUCUAAACACUGCCUGCUGCAGCUGCUCCCCUCCCCAGCCAGAGCGGGCCCUCACGCAGCUGGUAUCCCGGGGGAGCAUGGGAAAAUCCGAACCCCCACUCCUCCAGCCCAUCACUUCUCUGUGGUGGGAACGCUGGCUUCCAUCUAGUUGCCUGGGGUAUCUGUGGAAACUUUGGGUAUUUGUGGAAUCGGAUUUCCUCAAAUCUCAUUAGAACAGAGUAGAACUGGGCACCUGGGGGCUCAGUGGGUUAAGCCUCUGCCUUCCACACAGGUCAUGAUCUCAGGGUCCUGGGAUCGAGCCCCGCAUCGGGCUCUCUGCUCAGCCGGGAGCCUGCUUCCUCCUCUCUCUCUGCCUGCCUCUCUGCCUACUUGUGAUCUCUGUCAAAUAAAUAAACAAAAUCUUAAAAAAAAAAAAAAAAGACAAAGAAAAAAGAACAGAGUAGAACUUCCAAGCUGGAAAGAGUGUUAACGUCUUGCCACUCAGCCUGGUUUGGAGACCACCAGAGAGUCUGAGAAAUGCAGGGUCCCAGCCGUCCAGACCGACCACAUCAGAAUCUGGACUUGAACAGAGAACUGCAUGGCCAUUGGUCUCCAUGCCUUUGAGACCAUGUAGUUCAACCCCUGAUUUACAAAAGGGUUUGAGGGGCAGUUCAGGGGCUUACCUGAUAUCUCCCAGCAACCAAACCCGCCUGUGACUCCCGGUUGGCUUCCUUCCUUCCUGAGCCCUUCCUGCAUCGCCAGCCAGUUCUUACCAUAGGUGUGACUCGAGGGGCCCGCAAGACCCCUCUGCUUUAAAGAAUCACCC